UUUGUGGAGUGCACAGUGAGUGUGUUGCUGUUUGUGAAGGCCGAGAGUUGGCCUAGGAGUGCCAUGUCCAGCUCUACUCGUAUAUUCUCUGUUGGGGCUGACGUCCUGGACAGGCGCAGUGUUCACUACGUCGGGUUGGCUCAUCUCCUGUUCCUCCUCCACCAGGCUGUCUUGCAGCAGUGAUGACUGACUGGGAGCAGUAGCUGACUGGCUGGAAGGGUCAUCUUCCCACUCUAUGUCACUCUCUCCACUCUCCUCUAUCAUAGCUAGCUAUGUUUAUUAUUCACUGUGUUUUCACUUACCAGAAGUAAUUUCAUUGUCAUCUGAGGCAAAGUAUUCUUUGAGGAACUCAGAUAGCCUAUCCUGGUCACCGCGCGAAAGUGCCAGUUCACGUAGAGCUUGCGCUACUGUCUCUGUUGUUGUACCA